AUGGCCCAUACAACGAAAUUUUUUCAUCUGUAUUCUGCUGUCUCUCCUUCAAAGUUUCUUCGCCGACGCUGUACUCCAUUAACGCAUAAACGUACCAAAGCGGUUUCAGCGGCUCCGCGGCUGAUUUCUUCAAAAUACCGCCGGUCCACCCAUCCGACUUCGGUUCCGUUAAACAAGCUUUUUUCUAAUGCGUUCCCGCUUUCCGUUUCGGAGUCGUUUGCCGAUUACAAGUACCGGAAAACUCCGCUCAAGUUCCAGCAUGACUUGUUGGCUACUCUUCCGUUUUAUCCCGAUGCCGAUUCCAGUGGAAGAACCAGCAAAGUUAUUGCAACCGAACUCAAAUCGGGAAAUUUCAUUAAUGAGUUUGUUAUAUAUCCACCUGGCAAGUCUACUGAAGAUGAACUGUCGCUCAACCACCUUAUUUUGAUCCAUGGGUAUGGUGGAGGUUUGGGAUUUUUUCUCAACAAUUUUUCGCAACUUGCAACCGUGAAAGAUUGGUGUAUUCAUGCUGUGGAUUUGCUAGGUUACGGGUGUUCGUCACGGCCACCUUUCAAGCUAGCCAAGUCGGACCUAGAACACGUUGAAGGCUGGUUCCACGAUUCUCAUGACGAAUGGCUUCAGUUACGAGGUCUUCACCACUUGAAAAAUAGGACCAUGGUAAUGGCUCAUUCUAUGGGCGCCUACUUGAUGGCUACCUAUGGCAUACUACGUGAUCCUCAUUUUUGCAAAAAACUAUUGAUGGUUUCGCCUGGCGCAGUGAUUAAGCAUCGCAAACAGGUUCCCGUUCCUGGCUAUUUUGCCAAGUUGUGGGAACGAAACUAUUCACCUUUUUCAUUGGUUCGUAAUGCUGGACCUCUUGGUUCAAAGCUUGUGAGCGGGUGGUCUUCCCGGCGUUUUGCAAAUCUUCCAAGAUCUGAAGCCAAGCUUCUUCAUAAGUAUGCCUACGGCAUAUUCCAAAGUCCCGGUUCUGGUGAGUAUAUGCUCAACUACCUUCUUGCUCCGGGAGCAGACGCCCGGUAUCCGUUGGUAGACAGGGGAAUCCACAAGUUGGACUGUGAUCUUUUAUGGGUGUAUGGCAAGGAAGACUGGAUGGACAAGUAUGGCGGGGAACUUUGUUCUGACGUUAUCAACAAUUAUCGAGGGGAGGUUAGAAGCAAGGUGGUGGAAGUGGAAAACAGUGGACAUCAUCUCUAUUUAGACAAUAGUGGCUCAUUCAAUGCUCUAGUGUUGAAUGAGAUGGAAAAGUUUUAG